AUGGCAACACGCAAGAAAACAACGACUCGUGGUAAUGCCCCAAAUGUUGAGGCAGGAGGACCCACUAGGGCUACUCGUGCUGCGGCUGCCACCCGAGUCCCAUCGACUAUUGAAGCUCCCAAGGCACCGUCGUCGAAGGCUAAGGCGAGAAAGCCAAUUACAAGCAGGGAUAAUGCUCCUCCUCCAUCUCAGAAGAGUGGAAGAGCAAAGUCACCGGUAAAGCACAUACCAGAUGAUAACGACAGGGAACCUAUAAGGGCUUUCCUGCGCAUUCGUCCUAAUACUGAAACCAAUGAAGAUUCCAACACACCUUACCUCAAGCCUUUGUCCGAUAUGACUGUGCAGAUGACUGACUUCUCGGGGAGCAAUCGCAUCCGAAUGCAUCCACAAGCACAAGUCUAUACAUUUAAUCACGUUUUUCCGCCUGAAACAGCCCAGCCCGAAUUCUUCACCAGAACCACUCUCCCACUUGUUCGGGAUGUCCUUCAAGGACAAAAUGGUUUAAUUUUCGCGUAUGGAGUAACUAAUUCAGGGAAGACGUAUACAAUUCAAGGAGGGGCAGAACGAAACGCUGCAGGUCUUUUACCAAGAACUCUCGAUGUUGUCUUCAACAGCCUUGAAGGUCUCCACAGCAAUGCUCCUUAUCGUCCCAUACGCAUGUCUGGGGUGGAACGUAUCGCAGAUGAUGAUACACAAUUCACUUUCCCGGAUAUUCCAGACGAACAGGCUAUCGCGAAAGCUUUCGGAGAAAUCUGCUUACAAGGAGUGGACCCAACAACUGUUAAAGUUGAUAAAAAUUACGAAUAUUCAAUUUGGAUUUCGUAUGCAGAGGUGUACAACGAGAAGGUGUAUGACCUGCUAUCGAACAACUCGUCGGAAGAGGACGGCAGCACCCAUGUAACACCCCAGAGAUCCAGUGGAGUUUCGCGAUCCGGAAAUGCGAAGCGGCCGCCACGCUCAACAACAACAUGGUCACAUCUCGCCUCAAUGGCAUCAUGUCCAUCUUCUAACGAUAUUCUUCUUGUCAAGAGGAAAGCUCUUUCACUUAAGAAGGAUCCAGAAGGAGGAGGCAAAUACGUCGCUGGUCUGAAAUGUGUUCGUGUAUGCUCUGCAGAAGAUGCGAAGCGUGUCUUCCGCGCUGGCAACAUCAACCGUCGCGUAUUUGGUACGCUCACAAACGCCGUAUCGUCACGCAGUCAUGGUAUAUUCACAUUGCGGGUCGUCCGAGUGCAUCGCGGAGACCCAACGGAUGUUACCGUAUCGCGACUUUCCAUUGUCGACCUUGCUGGUUCAGAACGUACUAAGAACACACAGACCACAGGUGAUCGCUUGAAGGAGGCGGGAAGCAUCAACAAGUCACUUAUGGUGCUUGGUCAGUGUAUGGAGGCCAUGAGGAGCAACCAACGAAGACUAGCCGCGAUGCUUGCAGCACCCGGGCGUGGUGGUCUUGAUCUCGCCAAUCCCGGUCCGGGUGUAAAACUUGCGAUCAUUCCUUUCCGUCAUAGUAAGUUAACCGAAUUAUUCCAAGACUUCUUCACGGGAGAGCAAGGAGGACGUGCUGUAAUGAUCGUCAACGUCAAUCCAUACGAUACUGGCUUUGAUGAAAACAGUCACGUAAUGCGUUUUGCAGCCCUAGCAAGGGAGGUAACAACCGCGCCUUCUACCGUUCCGAAAGCCAAUGUCCGGCAGACUCCUAAUCCCGUUGAGCGCGUGUUUUCGGGAAGUAGAGCUCCAGUUCCACACAGGAGGAACGUUACGAUACCUACAGGUGGCGCAGGAACGAGGAAACAAAGUGAAGCACACGUGGAGAUUAUUGAAGAGGAUGCGGAGUCGGAUGAUGGCGAGCCUGUUGACCUCUUGGUCGACGCAUUGUUCGGGGAGCUGGAAGACUUACGUAUUAAGCUCUACGAGUCAGAAAUGCGCUGUGCCGUCAUAGAAACCGAAACACGGGAAGAAGUGAUGCAAGAAAUGGAAGCUCGAAUGUUGGAUAUGGAACGUGUGUUUGCCAGACGUCUUAAGCAAGCUGUUGAGCAAAGCGAAGUCAAGACAGAUGCGAAGAUUGACAUGCUUCAGCAAUUCGGUGCUUUCAAAUCAAACUCGCGGGUCACGAGAAAGUCAAAAGCUGCAGAUACCAGUUUAGAUUCCUUUGCGACCGCAAAAACGCACGAGACUGGCGUAACAUAUGAUACCGAAAGUGAUGAAGAUGCCGACGAAGAACUCUCAGAUGACCCAUUAAGCAAGUUUAGCGAGUUAGGUGAUGCAGAGAGCACGUAUGAAGAAUCACUCGCUCAAUCACCCCUGGCGCACAAAAAGAUCUCCAAGACAGGGAAGGAUAAACGUCCAUCAGAACCGUCCGUUAUCGGUUUGCGCGACGAGGACAUGGGCAUUGAUGAAUUAGACGCUGACGAGACUAUUACUGCUGGUAACUCGACCGAUGGGGACGAAGAGAGCGAAGAAGGUACAGAGACGGAAGAAGAUGAAGAUGAAGAUGAAGAUGAAGAUGAAGAUGAAGAUGAAGAUGAAGAUGAAGAUGAAGACGGUGUAGAUGAGGAUGAGUGGCUGCCUGAUGCAGAGCCAAAGUCGACACCAAAGGCAGAAAUUGAAUCAAAGGUCCGGGGUUCGACUGCUAAACCGAGGUCAACUGGGGGUGUCACCAAGCUGCAGAAAACGAUGAAAGACAUGUCUCUGUAUGCUGAUGACGAUGAAGAGGACGAGGACAAUAAGGAAAAUAGUCCCGAGCCCAAAUCAAAGAGACGCCUUCCGAAAAUUGAGCCCAGCAAAGGUGUACGACGGUCGACAAGGCGCACCAACAAUUAA